CUUGUCCUGUUACGUUCGAAAAUCGGUUCUCCCGUUUGUUGCCGCUCCAAACAGGCGUAACACGACAGCUGCGGCGACCAUCUGCCACUUCGACCCUGCACGCGUUCCGGCCUCCACAUUUCUUCUUCCUUCCUUUUCUUUAUGUUUUUUAUGAUCUCCUUCCUUCGUUUUAUUUCUUCGCGCCAUUUCUUAUUCGAGUGGAAGUAUUCAGACGAUACUGGUAUCCAAGAAUAAAUAAUAUGAAUAAUUUAGAACGGAUUUGGUUUACUGUCGAAGAAACACAAAUGAAAAGGAUAGGGAGCCAUGCCGGAUGUUUCAGAACAUUCGGAUGAAAUCGCUCUAGAAGCGAGUUCUGCCGAAGAUGACCGAUAUGCCGAUCUGGUUCUAGCUGGCUUCCGCGCUUGUGCGAAAGAAGCCUUGCGUUUUUUGCUAGAGGAGGAAGGACUCUCCCCUGAACAUCCCUUACCUGCAGGCCUCAACGAACAUCUGGUCAGACAGCAGUGCCACCUAGCAGGUACAUUGCACAACGAUUCUGGUAUAGAUUUGGAAGAAAGUUUUCUUACUUUUACAACAGAUGGCGACACGAGCGCAGCAAAUCAAAGUGAGUGCUCAUCAGAUUCAACAGAAUCGGUAGCUGCCAAUAUUAUGGAGAUGAUACUAUCUGUAGUGAGCUGUGCUACUUCGAGUGAUAAUUUAAAUGAAGAAGAAAUGUGCUGUGAAAAUGAAGACGAUUAUAGGACAGAAAUGUUGUCAAGAACUUACAAUUAUGAAUCUCGACAAAGAGAUAGGUGAAUGGAUGUAGCAUAGCAGUUAUUUUGGGGUUGCAAGGGCAUUGUACAGGAUUUUGUUUUUGACUGACAAUUGUAAAAAUUCGUAAACAGCUUUUCAUUUUACUAUGCCUCUGAAAAUGCACAUAGUUCACCUAUUUAAUUACUAACUUUAGAUAGAAAAUUCAUUGAUUUCCAAGCAACAUUUAUAUUCUAUUAGCAUACAAAAAUGGGUCAACAUUAAUUACUCUGGGAUAUUAGGAAUGUAUCGGUGAAUAGAAAAAGAACAAAAUAUAUUUUUUAAUAGUAAACAAUUUGGAAAUUGUCAAUUUCUAAAAAAAAAAAAAAACUUUUGAUUAAUAUUUUCGAUUUUUUUUAUUAAUAUCAAAUUAUGGUAUUUGAAUAACGAAAUUACAUCCGAAGGAUAGUUUAAAUUAAUAAAAUUGCAUUUCUAGUCUGUUAUUAAGGCAUGUGCUUACAUUUAGCAUGAAGUUUGAAAAGAACACUCUAAAUUAGUAAUAUUUUUGAAUUUUUGAAUAAAAUAGAUUGUAUAAAAUUAAAAUAUACCAUAAAAAGUCAAGGAUUUUUUUUUUAAUUAAAAAAAAAAUGCUUUUUUUUAAUAGCUAAAAGGAUGUUUUAGUGUUGCACUUCAUAAUCAGGUGAUUAUUCUUUGGCAAUUGUUCCAAAUCUUUAAACGCACGAAAAAAAAAUUGGGAGAGCAUUUCAUUUGAAAUUAAAUAUUUAAGAUAUAUUACUAGAUUCAAAAUGUUUUUUUUUUUUUUU